UUAAAAUGUUAAAGACGUUCUUGUUUGUAGCCUGUAUCGCUAAUGUGCUUCUAGCAGACUCUACUGAAGAAACAUGUGAACAAGAUUCGGAUGAUUAUCGAAAUGAAAAUGACUGUGGCUUAAAUGAAGAAUUUUCGGAUUGCCCCGAUGGUGCCUGCAGACCCUUAACUUGUGAUGAAGUAGGAUAUCCUGUGCCCUGCGCAGAUAUUGAUCCAGAAAGGGGAUGCCCAAGCGAACCUAAGUGUAUUUGUAAAAAUGGAUUCGUAUUGAAUAACAGCAGCAUUUGUAUACCAAUUAGGGAAUGCCCUUCAUGCGGUGGAGAUCCCAACGCUGAAGGUGGAGGUUGCGGUUUGAACUGUGGCAAUCUAUGUAGCAACUAUGAUCAAAAGCCCAUCAAAUGUUCAACAGAUAUAUGUGAAGCUAAUGGCUGUGAUUGUAGACAAGGAUAUGUUUUUGAUGAAAUCAAACGGAUAUGUGUCCUACCAAACGAAUGUCGUAAGAAUAAAAAGCAAAAAUAAUUUACCUGUUGCUAUUAUAUAAUUGCUAUA